AUGCAACCCACCGACAACAACUUCCGCUACUCAGGCCACACCGCCCGCGGCAACAUCUACCGCCCCAACCCCACCGGUGCUAGCGACAUGCGCGAAGCGCGCGCCCGCGCCGCAGAAGCCCGGAUACGACAAGAAGCCAGAGAACAAGAAUUAGCGAGGAGGACCGAGCACCGACUUCGCGCUUACGAGGACUUGACUGGGCGGCGGGACCAAAUGCAAGGCCCAGGGGCUCGGAGACAGCCCGCAGCUGCGCCAACAGGUAAUAUGAGGGCGGCAUAUCCUGGUACUGGGGCGUAUGGAGGAGGUUACAGGGCGCCUACUGGAGGUGUCGGGCCGUCUUGGAUGCCGACUUCACAGGAGCGGGAGGGAUUUACGGGAAGGUAUGCUGCGCCGGCUGCCUCUAGGGGGGUGGGCGGGAAUGCGCCUCGUGCGGCUAUGGUAGCUCGUGGUCUAGCACCUGCUGUGCAGCCGAGGAAUCAUUACCGGUCUCAGAUCCAUGGGUUGGCGGAUCUUUCGGACGAAGAGGUUGCGCCGCCGUAUAACCCUUUUCGGAAUAUGAGGAGUGAGAUGGUGGAUAGUGGGCGGAUGGAUUGGAGUGGAGCGCAGCCGGUGAGGGGGCUGGAUGAGGAAGUAGAGUGA